UUGAAUUUCCAGCGGGAGUUGGGUUUAUCCUUGCCACAAAUCCAGCAACAUGAGUGACGAGCAACAUGGACCACGGACAGAAUAUAAAUUGGAAACGGAUUCGGAACUUCGCUUUGAGAUUGAAAACAAAAAUGAGAAAGCUAUCGUUACGUUAUUCAACGGACAUGCCGAGCUGUUCGGUACGGAAAUGGUAAUGAAGAAACCGUACGAGUUCGGAGUCGGUGCCAAGGUGGCCAUCUUCACCUACCAUGGAUGCACGAUCGAGCUCCGUGGAAAGCCGGAUGUUGCUUAUGUGGCUCGGGAAACACCAAUGGUGCAGUACUUGAAUUGCAACUCAGCUUUGGAGCAUCUCCGUGCGAAGGCAGAACAGGACGAGUUGCAAGGACCGGUGGCAAUGAUUGUGGGACCAACGGAUGUGGGGAAGACAACACUUUGCCGGAUCUUCUUGAAUUACGCCGUUCGAUUGGGAAGACGGCCAAUUUAUGUGGAUUUGGACGUGGGUCAGGGAGGAAUCGCUAUUCCGGGAACGAUUGGAGCUUUGCUGGUGGAACGACCGGCACCGGUAGCGGAAGGAUUUUCCCAGCAAGCUCCUUUGGUGUAUCACUUUGGACACACGUCACCAUCGGACAAUGACGUCUUCUACAAUGUCCUGAUUUCGAAACUGGCAGAAACGACCUUGGAACGGCUGCAGGCAAACAAAAGAGCCAAACAUUCAGGAAUGAUCAUCAACACGUGCGGUUGGGUGAAGGGCAGUGGCUACAAACAUAUUCUGCAUGCCGUUAGGGCGUUUGAGGUAAAUGCGGUUUUCGUGCUGGACCAAGAAAGGCUGUACAACGAGCUGCUGCGGGAUGUUGGUCAGUCGGUUCAGGUGAUUUACCUACCGAAAAGCGGAGGAGUAGUGGAGCGAACUCGAUCUCAGCGAGCGGAGGCCCGUGACAAUCGAAUCCGUGAAUAUUUUUAUGGCUCUAAGAUGCCACUGUAUCCGCAUUCCUUUGACGUGAAGUUUAGUGACGUUAAAAUUUUCAAAGUUGGAUCACCCGCCCUGCCCGAUUCGUGCCUACCGUUGGGAAUGAAGAAGGAGGACAACUUUACCAAGCUGGUGGCUGUUCAACCGAGCCAUCAACUGCUGCAUCACAUCCUGGCGGUCAGUUUUGCCGAAAGCCUCGAGGAGAACGUCAUUCAAAGCAACGUGGCAGGGUUUAUCUGCGUUACGGAUGUGAGCAUGGAGAAGGAAGUGCUGACAAUUUUGUCGCCUCAACCGAGGCCGCUGCCGCAGACGAUUCUGCUGGUGUCUGAUUUACAGUUUAUGGAUAGUCAUUAAGAAUGUAUGAUCGGAUGGUAUGAUUAUGUA